AUGAGCCGCGACGACGAGUACGACUAUCUCUUUAAGGUUGUCCUCAUUGGUGAUUCCGGAGUCGGCAAGACCAACCUCCUUGCCCGAUUCACAAGGAACGAAUUCAACCUCGAUUCCAAGAGUACCAUUGGUGUUGAAUUUGCCACUCGUAGCGUUCAAGUUGACGGCAAGACCGUGAAGGCCCAGAUUUGGGAUACUGCCGGCCAAGAACGUUAUCGUGCCAUUACAAGCGCUUAUUAUCGUGGAGCUGUUGGUGCCCUCUUGGUUUAUGACAUUGCCAAAUACGCUACUUACGAGAACGUGAUGCGAUGGCUCAAGGAACUAAGAGACCAUGCCGAUUCGAACAUUGUGGUGAUGUUGGUGGGCAACAAGAGUGAUUUGCGUCAUUUGCGUGCAGUGCCCACCGAGGAGGCUAAGCAAUUUGCAGCUGAUAAUGGUCUCUCAUUCAUUGAGACUUCCGCUUUGGAUUCGAGCAAUGUUGAGUUGGCAUUCCAGCGUAUCUUGACAGAAAUCUAUCGCAUUGUAUCCAACAAGGCUCUUGAAUCUUCGGGUGGCAAUAUUCAGCCCACUGCUGGCGAGACAAUCUCUGUUAGUCGACAGCCCGAGGAGCAAAAGCAGGGCGGUUGCUGCUAA